GUUCCAACAGUUUUCAUGACCUAAUUUCACCCAAACGAAAUGGGAUUUGCAGUUCGAUAGCGCGUAUGCGCUAACAUUGAUAUAUCAUUAAAAUCUGCCGCAAAACAUCGUAAAUCCACGAAAUGGUGGACCAAAAUGGCAAUUAUUUUUCGGAUGAUGGCCAGGAGGAAGCCUGCUACCAUGCGCCUGUACAUCAGGUUGGCUCCACCAGGAGCAGGAGCAUGAGCAUUGUGUCAGAUGUAGAAAUGGCUCAGGAUGAGGUCUAUGCUGGCCCAGUCUCUGAAAGUAUACCGUCCAGCAUCGCCUCCUUCGCUCCUCGUCGAUCACGGCGAGACUCAACUGUUAGCUUCGCCUAUUUUGAGGAGAGCACGGAGAAUCCGGUCUGGAUCGACGAGGAGGCCAUAGUGGAUGAAAGCGAGCCGGAACACUAUUUUGAGGAGGGCCAAGAUAUUGAUAUCGAUGUCUCGAGAAGUCCCGUAAGCUUCCUUGAUCGUUCGCGCUCAAGAAGCUCAGCAGAGCAUCCCUUACUACGGCGUGAGACUUCCGAUCGUGGCGGAUAUGAAGGGCCACCAUCAGGAGGAAAUGUUAGCCAGAAGGUUUACAUUGUGACUGAAGAUUUGACUGCUGUAAUUGCAGGUUUCUCUACGAGCAUAGCAGGUUUUACCAUAUAUGUCAUCAUUUGCAUUUUAACUUGCGGCCUUGGCUACCUGGUGUUCAGAUGGCUUCCUCGAUGGCGUAUUAAAUUGGUCGGAUUCCCUGAACCGCUCUAUCGAUGUCAAUGGGUUGCGAUAGAGAACCAAUGGGGCCAAUUCACGGUGGAAUAUGUCACAAACGCGAAGUAUGGCCGACAAUUGUCGACCGUGUUCGGAUCUUCAUAUAAAGACUUUGAGGCUCCAAAUUUUGAUGAAGACAACGAUCCGAUACUGCCAUACCUUCGUUUUGUAGAUUACCGCUACGUUCGCUUCUGUUAUCAACCCCUUGAGGAUAAAUUCAUGCAUACGGGGGAUUGGAAGGAUCCAAAUUGGAUCAGUGUGAAGACUUUGAGAGAAGGCUUAGACGCCGAAGAGAGAGAUCGUCGAGAACAAGUGUUCGGUCAAAAUAUCAUUGAUAUCCAACAAAAAUCAGUUCCCCAGAUUAUGAUUGAUGAAGCUUUUCACCCUUUUUAUGUGUUCCAGGUGGCGAGCUUGAUUCUCUGGUCAUUGGAUGAGUAUUAUUAUUAUGCAGCAUGCAUUUUUUUCAUAUCGCUUUCCAGUAUUGCGGCCACGACGCUUGAAACGAAGUCGACCAUGGAGCGCCUACGGCAAAUAUCGCAUUUUGAAUGUGAUGUGAGAGUUUUGAGAAGCGGAUUUUGGAGACCAAUUGCUUCAAGAGAACUAACUCCUGGGGAUGUGUAUGAGAUCUCAGACCCUUCGCUUACGCAGGUUCCCUGCGACAGCUUGUUAUUAUCCGGUGACUGUAUUGUUAAUGAGAGCAUGCUUACGGGGGAGUCAGUACCGGUCUCGAAGCUACCUGCGACCAACGAUGCGCUUGCUUCUCUAAACCUAAAUGCGCCAUCCAUCCAGCCGACAGUUGCUCGGCAUUUCCUGUUCUGCGGAACUCGAAUAAUACGUGCGAGAAGACCCCAAGACCCAGAGACUGACGAAGCGGCUGCGCUGGCCAUGGUAGUAAGGACCGGUUUCAAUACGACGAAAGGCGCGCUGGUCCGCUCGAUGCUGUUUCCCAAACCGUCUGGAUUCAAAUUUUAUAGAGACUCAUUCCGCUAUAUUUCAGUCAUGAGUUUUGUCGCGGCGUUGGGCUUUAUCGCGUCUUUCAUUAAUUUCAUCCGCCUAGGAAUUGCGUGGCAUACCAUUAUUGUUCGAGCGUUGGAUCUUAUUACCAUUGUCGUUCCUCCAGCACUCCCUGCCACACUGACAAUUGGGACGAAUUUCGCGCUUUCGAGACUAAAGAAGCAGAAAAUUUUCUGCAUAAGCCCCCAGAGAGUCAAUGUUGCCGGGAAACUCGAUGUCGUUUGCUUCGACAAAACAGGAACCCUUACUGAAGAUGGGCUUGACGUUUUAGGAGUUAGACUUGUCAACCAAGAUUUUAGGUUCAGCGAGUUGCUAGUAGACGCCUCCUCCAUCUUACCGUAUCCAUUAUAUGAGAGGGACCCAACUAUAGAUUACAACUUUAACGCGGCUAUCCUUUACACGAUGGCAACAUGUCACUCCCUGAAACUUGUUGAUGGCGAACUCAUUGGGGAUCCUCUUGAUGUGAAAAUGUUUGAAUUUACGGGCUGGUCCUACGAAGAAGGAAAUCAUAAUACUUCGGAUGCUGAUGAAGAGUCUGAGAGUUUCAUUCCCUCUGUCGCAUGGGCACCUCCAACUUUAACCCCUGGCGACCCUGAACAAGGAACUCGUCUUUCCACGGAAUUGGCUGUCAUGAGGACUUUCGAAUUCGUCUCACAACUCCGCCGGUCCAGUGUGCUGGUGCGGGAGCCUGGUGACCAAGAUGUAACUGUGUUUGUGAAAGGAGCACCUGAGUCGCUGAAAGAUAUAUGUGUGCCCAAGACCUUGCCGCCUGAUUUCAAUGAACUUUUAAACUUCUAUACACAUCGUGGAUAUCGAGUUAUUGCCUGUGCAAUGAAGCAUAUUGAUAAUCUUAACCAAAAUGGCGUCUUGAAGAUCAGUCGAUCGCAGGCCGAGUCUGACUUAACAUUCGUUGGCUUCAUUGUGUUUGAAAACAAAUUAAAACCAAGCACUACAGGCGUUAUCAAUGAAUUGCAUAAUGCUGGAGUUCGGAACAUUAUGUGUACCGGCGACAACAUCCUUACUGCAAUAAGUGUGGCUCGCGAAUCCGGAUUUAUAGGUGAUACUGCUCAGUGCUUUGUUCCCUAUUUUGUUGAAGGAAAUCCUUACAAUCCAAGAUCUCGCUUGCGCUGGGAAAGCACAGAUAAUCCGGACUACCUGCUUGACGAACAUACACUUGCACCUCUUCCGAUCUCUACGGUGCCUGACACGUCAAUUCCAUACCAUAAUUAUAACAAGUUCAAGUACUCUAUCGCGGUCACCGGAGACGUGUUCCGGUGGGUGGUGGACUAUGGUUCUGAAGAGGUUUUACAAAAGAUGCUUGUUCAUGGGCAAGUUUUUGCACGAAUGUCUCCAGACGAGAAGCAUGAGCUUGUUGAAAAGCUACAGUCGCUCGAUUAUGUUUGCGGAUUUUGCGGAGAUGGAGCCAACGAUUGCGGUGCUUUAAAAGCGGCUGAUGUUGGUAUUUCACUAUCAGAAGCAGAAGCGUCCGUAGCGGCCCCUUUCACCAGUAGGAUAUUUGAUAUAUCCUGUGUUCCAAAGCUUAUCAGGGAGGGUAGAGCGGCACUCGUAACGAGCUUUUCCUGCUUCAAGUAUAUGAGUCUUUAUUCUGCCAUUCAGUUUACCUCCGUCAGCUUUCUAUAUGCAUCUGCAUCCAAUUUGGGCGACUUCCAGUUCCUUUAUAUUGACCUCGCUCUUAUCCUACCUAUUGCAAUUUUCAUGGGAUGGAUUGGGCCUUAUUCGAAGCUUUGUCGAAAACGGCCCACAGCUAAUCUAGUAUCCCGGAAAGUCUUGACACCCCUUUUGGGUCAGAUAGUUAUUUGCAUAUUCAUCCAGCUUGCCGCUUUCGAAACAGUUCAGGAGCAAGAAUGGUAUAAGCCCCCCAAGCUUAAUCCGAACGAUACAAGCAUAGAAAAUUCGCAGAACACUGCGUUGUUCCUUGUUUCCUGUUACCAGUACAUAUUAUCAGGUCUGGUAUUGAGUGUUGGGCCACCGUUUCGACAGCCGAUGACAUCAAAUGUUCCAUUCGUCGUCACCAUAAUUGUGGCUCUUCUUGUAUCUUCCUACAUGCUUUUCCAACCUGCGGAUUGGCUCUUCCGCCUGAUGCAGCUCACUUAUUUGUCGACACCAUUUAAGGGAUGGCUAGUGGCGCUUGCCGUCGGAGGAUUUGCUGUCGCCUACGUUUCAGAAAGACAUCUUUUUCCGGAAUUGUCCCGGCUUCUUGGUCAUGUAUACAGAGUUUGCCGCCCUGGCAAGAGAAAACAACGGCGACGAUAUAAGGUCCUUCUCGAGCGCGAGUAGCUCGCUGGACUUGAUUUUGAACUCGUCUUGUGACCCUAUAUAAUCUUAUCCUGUAUUUUGGCUUUUGCUUCCAUUUCGAUAUAUUCGAUCCACGUGUAUCCGACAUUGGGUAGAGAAAAGAGCAGUCUUUUAUAUACCUUUUUAUUGUUAAGGGUGAAUCCCCUAGCGGGCCUCGAUUUAAUGGGAAUUGUGUGAU